AUGGCCCCCGUGGCCUUCGCGAACAACCAUCAGCGGACAAAGUCGACUGGCGUCCCUAUUUCUAAGGAUGCCCUCAAGGACAUCGGCGUCAUGCCGGUUAAGCCCGCAACCAAGCGGACUGCCUUUGGCGACGUCAGCAACGUGGUGAGACAUGUCGACAGCAACACCGCUGUCUAUGGCUUCAAAGCCGCCACAGUCGCAGACGGACACAAAGCUGGUCUCGUCUCGACGGCACCUAUGCCAGCGCCCCCGCCACCGGCACAUGCCAAAGACACUGUUGGCCAGCCGGCGUCCACCAAUGGCUUUCUGGCUCCGGCCCAGCGGCCACGCAACAGCAUCGCUCCAAUCUCGUCGGUUCCAAUCACUCAAGCAAAUACUCAGAAUCCUCUGCGGCAGGUUCCGGCCCCGGUGCAAAUGUAUGCAACAGGUACAGUCCAGCCCACGGGCAGGACGCAAAUCGGUGCUAUCCGCAAGGCAACGUUUGUUACCAGCCGGGAUGUCCACGUUGAUGGCGCACCAGCCGUGGCCCGACCUGAGGUCGCCAUAAAUGCCGAUGACGCUGCGGACUCUGCCAUUGCUAAGUGGGACAAGCCUAAGAGGAGCCCUCGCCAUAGCAAGAGCCAGCCAUGUCUCAAGAAUGCAGACGGGCUUCAGCAGCAGAAAAAGCCCCUCCGAAGAACACUGAGCCGUCUUCCUAUUGAUAGGAGCAACUUCAUGGACGUUGUUGUGUUUGCAGAUGCCGACAAGAGUGCUGCCCACAGCCCUAUCAUUGAAAGCGAAUCCAUCGAACAGCAAAUCGCCCAGUCGAUUGCUGAACCAAUGAGCAAGCCUGAGGAGUCGUGCAACAACGUCGUCGACAGUGGCCACAGUGUUGCUCCUGGCAUUGUGCACAGCAACGAUGGUGGUGAUGCAAACGAAGCUCCCUUUGUCGAUGCUGUCGAAAACUUUCAUCCCACCAGCCUGCCACCUCUCUCGGAUGGCUCAGACGAUGACAUUGGUCGCCUUCGCGAGGAGAUCGAAGCUGCUGUCCUCGAAACGGAAGAACACCUUCAUCCCGUCGAGGACCACGCAAGCUACGUGCGACUGGUUGAGCCCACACCAGCCGAGUUCAUGUCGAGCAUGCCUGCCGUUACCAUGGCCAGUGCCAUGUCUGAAGUGGAGGAGCCGUGGGAUGAUGACGCCGAUUUUUACGACGACCAGGCCUACACGACGGCACAUUCUUUCCGGUCUCUGGGUGAUACCACCACGGGAGCGCUGACGACCGUUGUCAUGCCCAAGAUGACUGCUAAGAUCCAGAACGAGCUGGACAUGGCUCGGGCCAUUGUCGAGGAGGCCGGCAUUCCUGAAGAGCUUGACGAUGAAGCAUGGGACAUUAGCAUGGUCGCCGAGUAUGGAGACGAUAUCAACGCUUACAUGAGGGAGCUUGAGCUUCGGAUGCUCCCGAGCGCACACUACAUGGAUCAGCAGACGGAGAUCCAGUGGUCCAUGCGGUCGGUGCUCAUGGAGUGGCUCAUCCAGGUGCACUCGCGAUUUAACCUCCUUCCGGAAACGCUGUUCCUUACAGUCAACUACGUCGACCGCUUCCUGUCAACGAAAAUCGUAUCUGUGGCUAAGCUGCAGCUGGUCGGUGCCACAGCAAUCUUUAUCGCUGCCAAAUACGAAGAGAUUAUCUGCCCUUCAAUCGAAGAAAUCAUUUACAUGGUCGAUGGCGGCUACAAGAAGGAGGAGAUUCUUAAGGCCGAACGCUUCAUGCUUAGCAUGCUAGGCUUUGAGCUGGGUUGGCCGGGCCCCAUGAGCUUCCUCCGUCGUAUUAGCAAAGCGGACGAGUAUGACUUGGACACACGAACGCUUGCUAAGUACUUCCUCGAGGUCACUGUCAUGGACGAGCGCUUUGUUGCCUGCCCGCCAAGCUUUUUGGCAGCAGGUGCUCACUGCUUGGCCCGGAUGAUGCUGUACAAGGGUAACUGGUCCUCGGCCCACACUCAUUACUCUGGUUACACAUGGAGCCAGGUCCGCCCGUUGGCAAACACGAUCCUUCACUGUUGUCGCCACCCCGGCACACACCAUGCUGUUGUUUACGACAAGUAUGCUCAUGUUAAGUUCAAGAGAGCUGCAGUCUAUGUGGAGAACGAGAUCCGCCGGGGUUACCAGUUGCCUCCGCUGCAAGCCUAUCAUCAUAGCCGCCACCACCUUUCGUUCACAGACUCCUUGACGGACUUGGAUGUCGACACCAGUGUGGCUGCCCCUUCCGACUGCUCAAACGCGCACCAGGAGAUGCAUAUUUACGCCAAAGCUUGA